UAUAGGUCAUUCCUUUUAAUAAUUUACCACAAUGAUUUCGAGUGCUUUCCGUUGUAGUUUUUUAUAUUUUGUUGCGGGGAUGAUACUGGCAUCGUCAUCAACGGAUGCAGAAGGAAUAUCAUGCUACGAAGGUUUGGGCGUUAUUGGACAAGGUGUUCAAGCUAGAAAUAGCACUGCAAACAAAUGUUCUGAAGAUGUUGAACAUACUUGUUUGUCGGCGGCAGUUUAUGUCCAAGUUUUCGGACUUUUAUUCGAUGUCGAAGUUGGAGCAUGCCUCGAGGUUGACAACAUUCCUCUUCUUUCUUGUGAAUAUCUCCUACAGAGAUUCAACGAGUCUGGAUAUGUUCCUAGGGGUUUGGAUGUGUCAGCGCUUGAUAUCAGUAACUGUACCCUUGAUGUCUGCAACACUACGUUGUGCAAUGGAAUCCAUGCUCCAUCUCCAACCCAAGCCCCUUCCUCGACCCCAAGUAGAGGACUGUGGGUUAUGGCGUCUUUUCCUACACUUUUACUCGGAAUCGUUUUAUACUUAUUGUUGAAUCUAACGCAAUAAUCAACGUUUAACGAAUGCUCGAACCAAAUUGUUACUCCAUAGCUUGCUAAUCUCCAGUACAAAACAAUUAACGCCAAAGAAGAAAAUAAGUACGACAAGAUUCUCGGUGACAUACCACCUUUCGUAACAAAUUAUCUGAUUUUUCGACUUUAUACUCACCAUGGUUUUAUAUUGACAGUGUAAAAUCUUUCUUUCCAUAUGCUGAUUUUCCCUAUUUUAAAUUUCACUUAUCGGUGACAACCUUUUCUGCUCAAUUUUAUUUUUAAACAAGUAAUUUUAUAUUUUUUCACCAUCGAUUCAGAGUUUUAGACCAAUAUAUUAGAUACAAUCAUUUCUCAGGCAAAGCUGAUUCCAAUAUUUUUUCAUGUGUUUUUUUACAAUCUUUAGAACUAGAUCGCUUUGUUUCUAAUCCACGAGAACUGGCAAAUAACGAUCCGAAGUUUGUGCAAUAAACUCAGAACAAGCCAUCUUUUUCAUGAAAUAAAUUGUUUUUAAAAUCGGCAAAA